AUGUUGUUGUUGAAGGUCUCUGAUACAGUGAGGUUCAACGUCUUGCCGCUACCUCCAGAUGCACCGGGUACAAGCAAAGGACCAAAUCAGAAGGUACCCGUACUUUCUUCUGCAACAUUGAAUCUUGCAGACUUUGCUUCAAUAGCAGGAGAUAAACAAGAGGGCAUUGAAAUUUUCGUUCCUUUAGAAGUCUCUCUAGUGCUCAACCUUGUGGAAUUGAGGAACACUUACGAAGCUUCAGAGAUAUUUCCAAAGUUUAUCAUGUCUGCUCUAGUAUCUCCGAACCCUGGAAAGGCUUUGUUGACAGAUAGAAAUGGGGGUGGUUCUUCAAAAGCAGGUCUACGAAAGGUUAAAUUUUUGAAAGCAUUAUCUUUUAGGCGACAUAAGAAGGCAUAUCAUACAGAGGAAGGCAACAACAGUGAUGAAAGGAACUCAGUCAAAAGUGAGGAUCCCGAUUAUGUUUAUCCUGUGGAUGCAGAUUCACUUGAUGAGGAUUCGGUAGGAGAAUCUGAGGAAGGAAAAGAGGAUACAAGUGUUCAGAAGUCAUUCAGUUAUGAAGCACUCGUCUAUGCAAACCAUAAGGGUAGAUCAUUUUGUUCAAAUACAAGCGGCAGCAGCAGUGACGAGGAUUUAGUCCACUACAGCCAUAAUAUUUCAGACACAAAGCAGAGGUACCCUGAGGAUAAAACUGCAGCAAAUCAAUCUGCAGAGCAGAGUUCAAAACACGAUAUAGGCUUUGAUCGCCGACAGCUUUGCUCAUCUGACGAGUCUUCUUCUAGGGGGCACAAAUCCGAGGAAACUUCUUUGAUAUCAGUCUCUGAGUUUGGAGAUGAAAGUUUUGCUGUGGGUAGGUUGGAGCAGAAACAAAUAAUAAGCCGUGAUGGACAAAUGAAUCUGCAGACUCAGAUUUUCUUUGCUUCGAUUGAUCAACGAAGUGAACGAGCUGCUGGUGAAAACGCUUGUACAACCUUGGUUGCUGUCAUAGCUGAUUGGUUCCACUGCAAUCAUGAAGAUAUGCCCAUCAAGUCCCAACUUGAUUCUCUUAUCU